UUAUAGGUGAGAUAUGUGAAAAUCCACUUUCACCAACAUUUUCACCGUUUCAUGCGGCUAAAUCGUCCCACCCUCCAUCAAAUUCCAUCACACGUUUAAAAAAAGUAUAUUUGCAUAAAAAGAAUUCUUAAUAAUUGCAGUUGUUUGUCUAGACGCCUUCUAUGAUUCGGCAUGAGUCACACGCAGAGACGUCUCGAGUCCCAGAAUCCGUGGCGUCGCGCAGCGGUUCCAAACAUGUUCGACCUCCCUUUGUUUACCUCCGUGUGACUGAGACAGCUUUAUCCGUGCCGCUGAUCGAGAGAUGUACACAAAACAUUGCCGUUUUUGCCAAUAUCAGUUUGUUGUGUCCUGUUAAAUAGUGCGAGACUUUUAUUGAGACCAGCGAGAUACUUAAAAUAUUGAUUAUCCAGCCGAGAUGUGUGAUUUUCCGACGUUCAAAUAAAUGGAAACAUUGCAAAUGUGUUGUUAGGAUUGUAGGAUGCUGAGAAUUAACUGAGCAAAAUUUUACACAUGCAUUUUUGGAUUGACAAAAGGAGCCAAGGAUGUGGAUUUAACGGAAGAUAUUUAGUGCCACCAUCCCUAUCUGGGUGCGGUAGACAUCAGAGAGUGUUGUGUUUUUAUCCAAAACCGAUGGUAACUCCAGUUCAUCGAUUUCAGUCCAUCGAAAGUGUGGCAAACAAUGGAUUGCGUUCGACAAGAGCCCCAGUCUACUCACCCAGGUUGCCCUAUCCACAACCAAACCACUGCAAUGGAUCGACAAGUAACGUUCGAUCCCCAAACGUCGGCAGAUCGUUGGAAAUGAUCACUAACCAGAACCAGACUACGACGCCGAGACGGCUGCGCAGGCCGACUAGCAAAUAUAAAUGUGGCAUGUGGAUAUCCUUCGCCAUGUUCUUUCUCUUCUUUGCCGGCUUCAAGUAUUACAUGAAUGGUCAGGUAAACAUCGGUGUAGAAGCGGUGGUGUUUUGUUUGUUUUUGGUCCUCUUGCUGGUUGUAGGAGGAUUUAUAUCAUUGUUCGAAGCGAUCUCAAAAUGUUCAACGACAGAUUCGCCGCCGGGUGAUCUAACUUCUAGCCAGCCCGAAGAACAGACUUCGUCGGAAGAUGCCAAUAAUCCGCAGGGCAACGGGUCGUCGAAUGCGUCGGAGCUGCCGCCACCUCCUUAUCACAUAGCCGUGAUGCUGUCGCCACAAAACGAGCUGGAAACUAUCCAAGUGAUCAGGGAUUCGCCGCCGCCGUCGUAUGAAAAGGCCGUCACUUAAGUAUCCUUUACCAAUUGGCUGUCUGUUGUUGCGUUAUCUAAUUUUCGAAGCACGAAACGAGAUCAAAUUAAGCGUUGUUCGUUGCGGUGUUAAUUGUUGGGUAGUUGAUAGUAAAAAGAAUAAAAGAUUGAAGAAUCACUGGUUAACGUUACAGUUAAAACUGUUGAACAGUUAAAAUAUAAUUAUUAUCUUAACUUAAUACUUAUUUAUAUAAUAAUGUUGAUACUUAUAUCAGCAUUUUAUUGUAUUUUAUUUAAAAAAACAUAUUUAAUGAUUAUUUUUAAUUCACAAAUAAGUUUUAUUUUAAUUUUAUGGACUGAAUAAUAAUUAAGUUUGUUUGUUUCAUUUGAAGUUGUAAGAACAAAACUCAUUUUAGGUGGGAGGUAUUCUACUAAUAAUACAAAAACAGCACGUUUAGUUUAAUAAAAUAACUCUUACCUAAAGUUGAAUCUAGUCAUACGUAUUAAAUAAUUGAGGCAACGUUCAACGCUUUUUUUCGAACACGAAAUUAAUGAUACGACGUUUCCAGUUUCUUCCAGUAGUUGAACAUUUCUAUUAUUGCUUAAAUAAAAUUGAUAUUAUUUAAAAUUAAAAACUUUUGAUAUGUGUAUUUCAAUUUAAUCUUGACCAUUUUAAGGUCCACUAUAAUAAACAAAUUUAUCGCUAAAAAUCUAUAUUGGACAGUAUGGACUGAUUAUAUUUAUAAACGUAAACGUUGGUGAUCCCCGAAAGAAUUAUUUUUAAUAACGACUGAUUUAAAAUGUUUAAAUGGAUUAUAGCAAUUUCCGUUUAAUGUACAUUCCUAAUAAAACCAUUCUCAUUUUAUUGUGUACAUACAUUUUUGUUUCGAGCUUUCCGUGAGUGUAUUUAAUUUUAAAUUUUUACUCAUAUACUGUAGGUAUUAUAACAAUGAGAACAGCUUUUACCUUCAUAAAAAGUUAAUAGUAUGAGCAUUUGCCUAUUUUUUAGUAUCUACAUAUAUCAGUGGUGUGCCCUUCCCGAAAAAUUUGUAAUAUUCUGAAACAGGGAUUUUGAAAAUUACUGAAUUUAUGUGUAAUCAAAUGCCAAAAACGAUUUUAUAUCUUGAAACCAGGAGAAGUUUUUUAUGAUAUCCGUCUAUUUAUACAGUCAUAUAUCUUUACAUAUAGAUUUAUCGCAUAAUUUUAUAUAUAGAGUACGUAUUAGUUGAUUUAAUACCAAAGGAAAUUUAUUCCUGACCAAAAGUAAGUGUUAAACCAACUGAGAUGCGGGCGUCGUCAUUAAACUGUAUCUAUAAACAUUAUUGCAACAGUCAUGUUGCAUUUUACAAUUUGUUUAAUGAUGAUAAACGUAUAUUAAUGUAAUGUGCCAUAAAAAAUAUUCAGAACAAUACUGAGUGGGUGAAAUAUUGCAAUUUCAAAGUUGACAUAUGUUUUAACAAAAACAUUCCAGAACUGCUUAUGGUCUCACAAAAAUAUUCUGUGUCUUAUUACUGCCGAGUGUAAACACAAUCAGCUGUUUUUAGUGAUUCAGUACACAGUGUAAACAAUUUUAGUGUCUGUUAGUGACAGACUUUUACAUACGCACACCGUUUCCCGUUGUAUAAUCAGUAUUGUUCUAGAGGUCCCGACUACACAUUUUUACAUAAUUUUUAUAAAGGAUAUUUUGUAAUGUACAAUUUUUACGGUAGCAACUCUGAUGUAAAGGUGAAAAACUGUAUGUUUCGCCUCCAUGAUAAUGAUAUACAUAUUUUUUUAUAUUUGUUGUUUUAGUAAUUUUGUAAAAUCGACAAGGACAGAACCUACAUAUUUUUGUUAUAUGACAGAUAUCUGAAGAAACUGUGGCCAAAGAACAACAAAGAGUUAUUCUGUCCUUUUUCUAUUUUCCAUAAACCAGAAACUUAAUUUGUAAUUAAUAGUGUAGCUUUAAAAUUUGUGAUAAUUUUCUUAGUUUUUUAAUUAAGUGCAAUAUGUUUGUAAGACAAUCAUUAUUGUUUCUUCGAUAUGUUUUUAUAUUCUCCUUCAUUUUAAGUUUUGUAAAUUAUUUUGUUUUUGAAUGUGUAAUGAGAUAUAUUUCAAUAUUUGUACUACAUACGUUAAAUAAAGGGUUUAAAUCA